CUGUGCUCCCUGAGAGUUUGCCAGUAGUGUCUGUCCGGUCAUCGGGACAUUCACAAACCCAUGACAGACAACUUCUUCAAGCUCUCACCUUCCUACUUCCUACUUUUUCUUCCUCCCACUCUUUUUCUUCUGACCGCUCUCUUCCUCUGGCGGAAAUCAGACCCUCUUGCUGCAUGCACCUUUUCGGUCUUUGUGGCCUGUCAUUUCUCUCCGUCCUCUUUGGUCAUCGCCUUUCCCCGGAAGUCCUGCAUAUCCCCACCCUCUAAUUACUUACUACCGUAGGUAGCUAGCUAUGGCUCCGAGAAUGGGUCUGGGCACACAUGCCCUGCUUAUUCUGGGACUACUGCUUGUGCUUGCUCCCACUCAGACCUGGGCUUUUGGCGCUGGAAAUAUCGCGUCCAUCUCGGCCGUCGAAGGCAAGAACUGGCGUCAUGGAGAUAUCGAGGAUAUGCUUAAGACGGUCGCCUUCAUCAAGGGCCACAAGUGGACUUCCACCAUGAUCAAGCGCGUAUACUUUGGCAACUGGUUGCGGGAUUACUCGCAGGCUAUGGAUGUCGGCACGUUGAAGAGUCUCCCCGCUGAUACGAUUCGCAUUCUGGUGUGGAUUCUGUCCUUCAUGACGUUUGGCUAUGCAACGGUGGAGUUUGAGGUCACAUCUGAGAGACUGGGGGUUUAUCGGCCUGAGGAACAUAUUGAUAAUCCCAAGGACUACGCAGAUAAUCAAGAUGCCCGCCAGUACGAUGCCCGACUCCGUGGCCCGAUUCGCCAGGUCGAGCUCGAUAUCGACCCCCAAACCGGAAUGAAGAACUACAUUGCCAAUGAGCGUGGAGACUGGACGACGAGCGCGGCGUAUAUCAAGUACAGUCUGGCUCGGAGUAUUCAUUAUGGGCGCACAUAUACCCACGGUGGGAACAGGGGAAAUGAUGAGGAUCUUUGUGAGGCGCUCCGUUGUCUGGGCCAGGGUCUACACACGCUGGAAGACUUCGCGGCGCAUACGAACUACUGUGAGCUUGUGCUUCGUGAGAUGGGCUUGAAGAACGUCUUCCCGCAUACCGGUGUGAACACCCAGAUGGAUGUUCAUGGUCACUAUGUGUUUCCGCUCGUGACUGGAACGUUUGGCAUGGUUGACUUUUUCCAUUCGGUGCUUGGAGAAGCCAACGAUCAUUUCACCCAGUCAGAGGUCAAUGAGAUGGACGUGGCCCUUGGAGAUGCUGAAGCAAACUCAUCUGGCGGUACUCUUGGUGCCUUCACCGGCCUUCUGGGCAAGAUUCCAGGAACGAAGGAGCUUGUUGUGGAGGCGGAAGAGCUCAGGGUUCGUUCCGAGGCCCAGGAAUCUGCAAACCGGUCUGGUGGUGCCCGUUCGGGCUACACAACCCGUGAGGUGGCUAGGGAGGUAGAUGACUAUGACUCGCGGCGUAGUCGAGGUUACGGAGGUGAUGAGUUUGAGAGCUCCAGAGCAAAUGAAUACGAGAGGCCUGCGGAGGGUGAUGAAGCCGGGUCUGGUUCACAGGCAUUGCAGAACUUCGAUCCGGCCAAAACGAUUGCCCAGAUCUAUCCGAUCCUUGAGUUUAGAGACAAGGUUGUCCGAAAGCUUUCGUCAAUCAUCGAGAAGAUUCCGGGCUUGGAGGCAAUCGUUGAAAAGAUCACUGAGACUCUGACGGUGUUUGUUAUGUCUUUGCUGGCACCUUUUAUCCGCCCUCUCAUUAGUGCUGCGUCCAAGUCUUUGCAGACCGGCUCCUCUGGUGUGAUUGAAUCCUCCGGACAGCAUCAGUAUGAGCCUUGGACGGACCCGAACUGCACUGACCCCACCCAUUCGAUGCUGUCCAAAGACCACUUCUCCAACAUUCUCAACGAGCCUGCGGGUCAGGUAGCAUCUGCCAUCUUAAGAUACGUAGCGCCUCGUGUGCUGCAUGCCUGGGAUAAUAUCAACGUCUCUGAAGAGAAGAUAUUAGACGACUGCCUGAAAGUUUUCCACCACCCGGCUCUACGAGACAUGAACAAUGAGGCCCAUCGAACCAUGUUUGAAGCUGUCCAAACCUGGGCACAUUCUAGGCCGGAUCGCGGCGCUGACCUGAAUAAUGUCCUGAGCGCCGAGGGAGUCAGGGAGGGCAAGAACAAUACUGGGGAAGGCGAGCAUUCACACGGGCAUAGUCACGGAGCCCACCAGCAGCGUCCACCCCAGCCGCAGCAACAGCAGCAGGGCUCUUCCCUCCCUUGGGACAAGCUAUCUAGCCUCCCCAUUCCCGGGAUCUCUAACCUGAACAAGCUUAACAGUGUCUUUUCUCAUCUGAAUGUGGGUGGUUUGUCAAGGGAGGGAGAAUCCUCGCAACCUGAAACGUCCUCGCAAUACGAGUCCCAUCAGCAACAACAGACCCAGUAUAUUGAACAGCAGUACUCGCGGCAGGAGCACGGUCAUCAGCAUCAAUACCGGAGCGAGACCCAGUACAGCGAGGAGCGACCAUCGUACUCUCAACCUCCUCCUCCCCCUCCUCAUGAGUUUGGCAGCAGUCACGGGUAUGAUGGGCACAGUGACAGUCAUGAGAGACCCCAUGGAGAGCACCACCAUCAUCAUCACCACCACCACCAUUCCUCCUCCCAGCAUCGCCCUUCACCCGGCGGCUAUGAUUGGGAGUCUUACAGUGCGAGACACGGGCAUGGGAGUGGAGACGGACAGGGCUACGGAGGAGGAUACAACUAUUGAUUGCUACCGAUGAGGUUCAGUAUUCAGUAAACUCCCAUUCUUUGUUCAUUUUUAUCUUUCAUUCUCCUCAAGGUCAUAUCCCUCUUUUUUAUUUAUUUUUUUUUUAUGGUGAUUGAUUAGGGUGUGGUCGAGUAGUUGAGUAAUUCGAAUAGCCUCGCAGGAUGGAUGUAUGAUAUUCAGUCUGCAUAUCCAUCAUCCCAUUAUACCCCACUAAUGGAAUGAAUGGUAUGAGUAGUAACUACUGGCUUAUGAAGCCAGAAAU